AUCAUAUCUGCAUCCUUCAUCAUAAUGUGAUAUGAUGUGUGAGUGAUAGUAUUUGAUUCAUUCCAGCUCAAUUCCUUUCAAGACGAGAGAAAAGUAAUUGUCAGAGAAACGAAGGUUGAGUUGGAGUUUCAGAAUGUCUGUAAGAUGGUCAUAUCGGAGAAAAUGAAAGAAAAGUCAGAUUUCCAUGCGUCGCAGUAGCAGUGUUUUCUGCAGUGUGGAUAAGUUAUUUUGGCUGUUACAUAAUUCGUUACAGACACAAUGGACCGAGGAUUCCACGAAAUCGAAGUAGCCUAACAAACGACGUGAUACGUGCUUUCUAACCUCGGUGACACAAUAUAUGGAUACAGUAACUGAUGAGUUAAUACAGGUAUGUUUGUGGUUGAAGAUUGUAUUCCUACAAACUGCGCGCGAACGCAUCGAUUUACACACCCAUCAAUCCGCGGUGUGCUCAGCGACUGUGCCCUCCUCGUCCGCAGGUUACUCUGGGGAUGUAGCUAUGUAUCAUGACCCAGCAGCUCUUUGGCUUGUCUGUUUCUUGUCAGAAGGUCUGAUGUCCAGACUCUGUGCUCUUCCAUGUAUGGUCCAGUGGAACUCUCCUUGACCAUUAGAUGGACUACAAACAGUUCCAGCAGUUACUGCGACCGCACCUCACAACUCCCUUACCUUGACCCUUGACCCCUUAGCUUUAAACCCUCACCCCUGACCCAUACUCUUAACCUCUUGCCCCUCACUCCUCCUAAUCCUUAACCUUACUCCCCCUCUCCCCUCCCUCCCUCCCUUCCUUCCUCUCAUCUCUUGUCCUCUCCUGUCCUGUCCUCUCCUCCCCUCUCCACCAUGUUAUCCCGUAUCACCACAGUCCUCUUAGCUGUUUUGUGUCGAUGUGUGCUGGUGUCUCUCGGGGUGGACCCCCUUCACCCCCGUCGGGAGAUCCGGAUCGAGGGUGACCUGGUUCUGGGGGGGCUGUUCCCAGUCCAUGAGAAGGGGGGAGGGAUAGAGGAGUGUGGGAGGGUGAACGAGGACAGGGGGAUCCAGAGGUUGGAGGCCAUGCUGUUUGCUAUAGACAGGAUCAACUCUGAUCCUACUCUACUGCCUGGAGUCAGUCUGGGAGUUCACAUACUGGACACCUGUUCUAGAGAUACAUACGCACUGGAACAGGCGCUGGAGUUUGUACGUGCGUCUCUGACCAAGGUGGACGAUACAGAGUUCAUCUGUCCUGAUGGAUCCUACGCGCUACAGGACGACAGUCCCCUGGCCAUCGCUGGAGUUAUAGGAGGAUCCUAUAGCAGUGUGUCUAUACAGGUGGCCAACCUGCUCCGCCUCUUCCAGAUCCCUCAGAUCAGUUAUGCCUCCACCAGUGCCAAGCUCAGUGACAAGACGCGCUAUGACUACUUUGCCCGCACGGUGCCCCCUGACUUCUACCAGGCCAAAGCCAUGGCAGAGAUCCUGCGGCUGUUCAACUGGACCUACGUGUCCACGGUGGCAUCAGAGGGAGACUACGGAGAGACGGGCAUAGAGGCUUUCGAACAGGAAGCACGUAUGAGGAACAUCUGCAUCGCUACCUCUGAGAAGGUGGGGCGCUCUAACGCUAAGAAGUCUUAUGAGGCAGUGAUCAGGCAACUCCUCCAGAAGCCCAAUGCCCGCGUGGCAGUUCUCUUCCUGAGGAGUGAUGACGCUCGAGAACUCCUCUCUGCCGCCGCACGACUCAACACCACCUUCAUCUGGGUGGCCAGUGAUGGCUGGGGGGCGCAGGAAAGCAUUGUCAAGGGCAACGAGGCCACGGCCGACGGGGCCAUUACCCUGGAACUGGCGGCCAAUCCCGUGCCGGCUUUCAACCGCUACUUCCUGUCUUUGGAUCCAAUCAACAACCGCCGCAACCCCUGGUACCGGGAAUUCUGGGAGCAGAAGUUCCAGUGCUCACUUGGCGGAGGAGGAGGUGGAGCAGGAGGAGUAGGGUCAGGGGGGAUGGUGUCUCUCUCCCUCCCUCCCUGUGAGAAGGGUGUGUCGGUGGAUAAUAGUAACUUUGAGCCGGAGUCCAAGAUCAUGUUUGUGGUGAAUGCGGUAUACGCCAUGGCCCACGCCCUCCAUAAGAUGCAGAGAACAUUGUGUUCCAACACCACCAAGCUCUGUGACAGCAUGAAGGCUCUGGAUGGACGCAAGCUCUACAGAGACUACCUACUCAACAUCAGCUUCACAGCUCCCUUCUCUCCUCUCGGCAGUGAGACUGUGGUGAAGUUUGAUCCCUAUGGCGACGGGAUGGGACGUUACAACAUCUUCAGUUACCAGCGCAACGCUGAUCGCUAUGGCUACGUGCCCAUCGGCGAGUGGGCGGAGACUCUGAGCCUGAGCAGUGACCUGAUUCGCUGGCCAAGGGAGGUGGUGCCCCCAUCCCAGUGCAGUGACCCAUGUGCCCGCAAUGAGAUGAAGAAGAUGCAGGCUGGAGAGUACUGUUGUUGGAUCUGUACUGCAUGUGAGGCUCAUGAGUACCUAGCUGAUGAGUUCACCUGUUCGCCCUGCGCCCCCGGCCAGUGGCCCAGUGAAGACCUCACUUUCUGCUAUGACCUGCCCGAGGACUACAUCAUGUGGGAGGACGCCUGGGCCAUCGGACCCAUCAGCAUCGCCAUUGUCGGGUUCCUCUGUACAUCUCUGGUGUUCUGGGUGUUUGUGAGACACAACAACACGCCCCUGGUGAAGGCGUCAGGCAGAGAGUUGUGUUACAUCCUGCUGCUGGGUGUCUUCAUGUCCUACUCUCUCACCUUCCUCUUCCUGGCCAAGCCCUCUCCUACUAUCUGCGCCAUGCGACGCCUCGGCCUAAGCACCUCAUUCGCUGUCUGCUACUCAGCCCUGCUCACUAAGACCAAUCGAAUCGCCCGGAUCUUCAGCGGGGUAAAGGACGGGGGCGGGACCACAAGGCCUCGCUUCAUAAGCCCCACCUCUCAGGUGUUUAUCUGUCUCAGUCUGAUAUCGGUCCAGUUAGUGAUGGUGUCAGUGUGGUUGCUGCUGGAGGUUCCUGGUACCAGGAGGUUUACGUUACCGGAGCGACGGCAGACAGUGAUCCUGAAGUGUAACGUCCGUGACUCCAGCAUGCUGCUGUCACUAGUAUAUGACGUGCUCCUGGUCAUCCUGUGUACCGUGUACGCCUUCAAGACCAGGAAGUGUCCAGAGAACUUCAAUGAGGCUAAGUUCAUAGGAUUUACCAUGUACACAACCUGUAUCAUCUGGCUAGCCUUCCUGCCCAUAUUCUACGUCACAUCCAGUGACUACAGGGUCCAGACCACCACCAUGUGUAUCUCUGUCAGUCUCAGUGGUUUCGUGGUGUUGGGCUGUAUGUUCGCUCCCAAGGUCCACAUCAUCAUGUUCCAACCACAGAAGAACGUCACCAGUCUCCGCCUCAAUAUCAAUCGCUUCAGUGUCAGUGGUCCUGCCACCACAUGCGCUUCACACGUGAGUGCCCAGUAUGUACCGACUGUGUGUAAUGGGAGAGAAAUUGUUGACUCCACCACUUCCUCUCUGUGACCCCACCCACUCACCUCUCUAUCCCCACCCCCCAGAGACUUAGUCAAUAGGCACACAUUGUGCCCCCCUGUCCCCUCUCCCACCACGUGGACUAGCACAGUACCAUUUCACGUCUGUAGAAAGUGUGCAUUAUGAUUAAAUAAUUUUCUAGUGCUGUACAUAUCAUGGAAUCAACAUUGUUGUAGACAUACAAAAGAACAAGAGAAAAUUUGUAGGAGGAUUUUUUGAAUGCUUUGUUUUUGAUAGCUUUGUUAAAAGGCUGUGUUAACUUAUUUAUAACUGUGUUAGGGUUGUGAUAGGAGUGUGUUGGGGUUGUGAUAGGAGUGUGUUAGGGUUGUGAUAGGAGUGUGUUAACUUAUUUAUAACUGUGUUAGGGUUGUGAUAGGAGUGUGUUAGGGUUGUGAUAGGAGUGUGUUAGGGUUGUGAUAGGAGUGUGUUAGGGUUGUGAUAGGAGUGUGUUAGGGUUGUGAUAGGAGUGUGUUAGGGUUGUGAUAGGAGUGUGUUGGGGUUGUGAUAGGAGUGUGUUAGGGUUGUGAUAGGAGUGUGUUAGGGUUGUGAUAGGAGUGUGUUAGGGUUGUGAUAGGAGUGUGUUAGGGUUGUGAUAGGAGUGUGUUAGGGUUGUGAUAGGAGUGUGUUAGGGUUGUGAUAGGAGUGUGUUAGGGUUGUGAUAGGAGUGUGUUGUGUGUUAGGGUUGUGAUAGGAGUGUGUUAGGGUUGUGAUAGGAGUGUGUUAGGGUUGUGAUAGGAGUGUGUUGUGUGUUAGGGUUGUGAUAGGAGUGUGUUGUGAUAGGAGUGUGUUGUGUGUGUUAGGGUUGUGAUAGGAGUGUGUUGUGAUAGGAGUGUGUUAGGGUUGUGAUAGGAGUGUGUUAGGGUUGUGAUAGGAGUGUGUUAGGGUUGUGAUAGGAGUGUGUUGUGUGUUAGGGUUGUGAUAGGAGUGUGUUGUGAUAGGAGUGUGUUAGGGUUGUGAUAGGAGUGUGUUAGGGUUGUGAUAGGAGUGUGUUAGGGUUGUGAUAGGAGUGUGUUGUGUGUUAGGGUUGUGAUAGGAGUGUGUUAGGGUUGUGAUAGGAGUGUGUUAGGGUUGUGAUAGGAGUGUGUUGUGUGUUAGGGUUGUGAUAGGAGUGUGUUGUGAUAGGAGUGUGUUGUGUGUGUUAGGGUUGUGAUAGGUAUGUGUGUUAGGGUUGUGAUAGGUAAUGCUGACAACACCGGCCACGUGCGUGCGUAUGCAUGUGGAUUUUGUACAUCCACACCAGACGCGAUCGUGACACGCAGGUUGAAAUAUCAAAACCAACUAUAUUAAUUUGGAGGCAGGUCGAAACAUUUAGCUAGCUAGCUGUUGAGACUGCUAGUUAGUCCUGGGAGAUGCACAUUGGGUUGAUAUUUUACCUGACAUGCAUAUGGUCUUCUAACAUUUUGACCCGGAGUCAUACAAAGUCUUGUUUCUCUACUCUUGACGAUUAAUCCACAGAUAAAAAAUGAAAACCUACUUAGUUUUGUUAUAUUUAAUUCAUCUCUCCUCCUGUGUUUGUCAAGCAUCCACGUGGGUCUGUGUCUUCCUGAUAUUCAAUAAGGAGGGAACUUGCAGUCCGUGGAGCGUCUCAAAUAGAACCAAGUUCUAUUUUAGCGUGUGGCUAUGCAGACGCUCGUUCAAGCGCGUGAGCGGUGCGUACGAAAUGAUUGAAUAUUAUAUACUGUAUGUGUCCAUUUAUUUUGCAACACUCGUGCACACAAUGUGGCCUGCGAGGUUUGCGUGUUAGAGUUGUGAUAGGAGUGUGCGUGUGUUAGGGGUGUCUGAAAACAGAUGUUCUGUAUGAGUAGUGGCUGCAACAGCCUCACCUGCAAUAGCCCACAGACUUUCUACUCUUGUGCUUUUUUUGUAGGUCUCAUUGUAAUAACCCAGUCAGUAUGCAUUUGUAUGUUGUAUCUGUAUAUUUGUAUAUAUAAUUACUGAUGGUUGGAACAGCACAAUGUUGACAGUAUUAUGUAACUCCAGUAGGAUUCCCACUACUGUGGACUGACUGUGGAUGAAGCUCUGUGAGUGUUGACUAGCCCAUAGGAAUAGAAUGGCUGGAACAGACGGACAUAGUCUCAAAUUCAUAUAGUAUGUUGAAUCACACAUUUGCUCUUAUUAUAGCAGAAUAGUAUCAAAUAUGUAUUAAACUUUCCCAAUAUGGCAGCCAGUCCACCCAAUAUUGACUGUGGCUUUGAACUGGAAUGUUCCUUCUACUCAUUCUAAUUCCAUGGAACAGCCACUGUAUAGGAGGGUCCCUUUACCUUGAUGGCCAUAGUAACAGACGUGUGUGUACAACAACAACGUUUCUAUCUAACUGGUAUUUCCGCAUUAAACGUUAGCAUCAGUGUGACAACUCAAAGUAGUUCAUUAAAAGUGACUCUUUCCAAGUCUUAACUGUCAAUAUUAAAGAAACAUUGUUGAUGCAAUGCCACAAUCGUAAACUCAGUCACUGAUGUUUCAUUUAGCGUUUACAAACAUUCUUUGAAAUCAUUCCACAAGCACGGUUUGUAGAAGUCUUUGCUGCAAACAAGUCUAGUUGAACACACAUCUUCCCUGCAUCCUUUAAACCAAUGGGUAGUGCGUUCUCCCAUGUCAAUGUGUCCUGUAGUCAUGUGAUGUUCUGUUAACCGCUAUGCGCUGUGUGUCUGCUAGGCUUAUGCUCCAGGUAGAGGCUGUCCUUAUAGGCACAGAUCUAGGAUCCGUUUACAGUCCACCAAUCCUAACCUUAACCAGUAGGGGUAAAGAUGUAAAACUGACCUUAGAGCAGUGUCUGUGGUUAAAGUCAUCCUACUCCCGGUGUUACUAUAGCCUCCCCCGGUCUCAUUGUGUAUAUAAAAUCAGGUGGGAGGAAGUUAUUUUUCAUGCAUCUCAAAUGGAUUCCUAUCCUGGUCGCCUCAUCUUCUUUCCUUCAUCCCACUUUUCCGUAGUGUGAAACAUUAAGGAAGUGGAGUCCAGGAGAAUGAGGCCACACCCCUCUCUGCUGGGGGGAGUCAAGCAUGAAGAACAGAGGUGGGGGAUGUUGAUUCACACAAGUUCAAAUCAAACUUUAUUUGUCACAUGCGCUGACUACAAGUGCACAGUAGAAUUUACCAUGAAAUGCUUACUUACAAGCCCUUAACCAACAGUGCAGUUCAAGAAGAGUUAAGAAAAUAUUUACCAAAUAAACUAAAGUAAAAAAUAAUAAAAACACAAUAACAUAACAAUAAUGAGGCUAUAUACAGCGGGUAGACUUGGCGCUCCGGUACCCGCUUGCCGUACGGUAACAGAGAAAACAGUGACUUGGGUGACUGGAGUCUCUGACACUGCCUAUUAUAUAGGUCCAGGAUUGCAUGAAGCUUGGCCCCAGUGAUGUACUGGGCCGUAUGCACUACCCUCUGUAGUGCCUUAUGGUCAGAUGCCAAGCAGUUGCCAUACCAGGCAGUGAUUCAACCGGUCAGGAUGCUCUUGAUGGUGCAGCUGUAGAACUUUGAGGAUUUGGGGACCCAUACCAAAUCUUUUCAGAGUACUUCAUGGCUACCGACGUAGUGUGCUAUGGGGCGGUAAUCAUGUAGGCAGGUUACCUUCUCUUCUUUGAGCACAGGGACUAUGGUGGUCUGCUUGAAACAUGUAGGUAUUACAGACUCAGUCAUUUAGAGGUUGAAAAUGUCAGUGAAGACACUUGCCAGUUGGUCCGCGCAUGCUUUGAGUACACGUCCUGGUAAUCCAUCUGGCUAUGUGAAUGUUGACUUUAAUAAAGGUCUUGCUCACAACGGCUACCGAGAGCUUUAUCACACAUUCAUCCAGAACAGUGGUGCUCUCGUGCAUGCUUCAGUGUUGCUUGCCUCGAAGCGAGAGUAAAAGGCAUUUAGCUUGUCUGGUAGGCUCGCGUCACUGGGCAGCUCGCGUCUGGGUUUCCCUUUGUAGUCCAUAAUAGUUUUCAAGCCCUGCCACAUCCGACGAGCGUCAGAGCCGGUGUAGUAGGAUUCAAUCUUACUACACCGGCUCUCUAAUGACGGGACUUGGUGGAAAACGCCCUCUCUCAGCCAACCCUUCUCUCCACAUUCCACCUCUCCAUCUCACUCCCAGCCUUUGUCUCGCCAUCUUUCUCUGUCACCCACGCCAGUCUCCCUUCUCUCAUCUUGUGAAACUUUGCUGGUGCACUUGUCUGAGCCAAGAUAGCUUAAGACAGGCUCUGUACAGAUCCUGAGCCCACUGCAACACAUCAUGCCAAGAAGGGUUCUAUGAGCCCACUCCAACAGGCCAAGCACACGGAAACAGAGCCGGACUCAUAUACAAGCCAAGGACAUGGGGCUGUCACAACUGGAGCCUUGUGGAGAUGGAGAGGGAGAGAUAUUAGGCAUAUAACUACUCCCUUUGAAAGACUACUACUUAGCUUGACCAACAGAUGACAGGCAUUGUAAUGUGUACAUAUGAUAAUAGGCUAUGAAAGUGACUGGUCAUUCACUAGCAAUGUAGAUCAGUACAACAGAACAGUGAUGUUAAGUCAGUGUUUUACCAUUAUCAGUGUCAAUUUGAAUGUCCAAAGGGGUCUUUAAUAAUGUUAACAAAUGUGUUCGCUUUCACAGCGUAUUCUAAACUGGAGUUAACCAGUGUUCCCCAGAUGUUAAAGGAACAGGCCAGAACAUUCCAGAGUCGAGGUAGAAGUUGCUCCUAUAAGCACAGAUCUAGGAUCAGAUCCUCAAUUCUAACUGUAACCAUUAGAGGAUGACAAUGUAUCUGACCCUAGAUCAGUGGUUAGGGACAAUUUCACCCUACUCCACAAUCUGGAGUCAAGGUGAACCCUGACCUCUUUGGACUGGCCAAUCACAAAGCAAUAGAGCUCAUGAUGCGUGCAAUAAUGAAGACAUGAUGACAUCAUAAUAAAACAUAACAAAUGAUA